UAAAAUUCUAAAAUUUAAAAAAUCAAAAUACUUUUUCUAAAAUUUUAAAAAAAAUUUCAAGAUUUAAACACAAAAUUAUUAAAAAUCUCCCGACUUAUAAGACAACAUGUUUUUAUCCUUAUUUACACGGCGUUUAGCAGCCGGCUUGAAUUCGACAUUAAUGCAUGCUGGCCUACGUUUAUAUUCAGGAACAGGCAGGCCCUGUUCUGGAACUAGACCCUGUACAAUGGAAUAUCCUAAGAAAAAGUGUGAAGAGCCCGAAUGUCAACCCAGAGAACCUUGUUGUCCUCUACCGUUUGGUAAAUGCCCCGCAGUUAAGGAAAUUCUAUGCAAAGAGAAACCCGAGUGUUGUGGCAGCAAGAGACUAACCCAAGAUCCCUGCAAUUGUAAAGGAGCCAGAGAACAAUUUAAUAAAAAGGAGGUAAAACUAGAAAGACGGAUACAGCCACAAACAGCAGUUUGGGAGUAUCCUGCCGAAUGUUGUGGUAAUCCAUGCCCGGAUUUAUUACCCAGAUUCGAUAGCCUUUACUAUAGUCCUACGGAUAAAGCCAAAAGGCAAUAUCAGCAGACCUGGGUAGAAUGCCCCCCAGUGCAAAUACGUAAACGUAGAAUCUGCUGUUAUGACUCCACCGAAUUACCGCCCAUAUGUCGACGCAAAAAAGAGGAAUGUCCUAUAACUGCCUGUGAAUUUGAUUCACGUAAAAUGAAAGCUUUAUGCAGCAGCGGUACAAAUACUAAGUGCGCUCGCAUUCAAAUGCCCUGCUGUAUACGUGGCCGUUAUCCCCCAACCUGUAGUAUUGCUGCUAGAACUAGCACAAAUUGUAAAAAGAAAUGUUGCCCUUAUCCUUCCUUUUCGGAAUGUUGUUAUCGUUGUCCACCUCCUAGGAGAAAGACAGAAUGUCAAUGUACUGCCUUGCAGCCCAACUGUGUGGUAUUUAGACAUUUAAAGCGUAAAAUGAUUUAUGAUUUACCACCUCCUUUACCGGCCUGGCCACCGAAAAUGCAGGGACCCCGUUAGCUUUUAAGGCGUUCCAAAUAGCCCGAACCUUUUUAAAAUUUGUGUAAAAAAGAUUUAAGCAUAUUGUGAUAUAUUUUGCAAAAUCUUAAAUCUUUAUCAGACAAAGUUCUAGGGAGGUUAACAGAAGGAUAAUAAUACGAUGUCUUAAAAGUAUGGAGCUUUUUAAAGUAAUAUAUAAAAUUGUAAAAUGUGAAAAAUAUUUGAAUAAAAAUUUAAAAAAAUUAUAGAAAAUCGAUAAUAAAAUAUAUAUUUCUUUUUCAUAAAA